GCCUUGCGCCCGGGUGAGGCGGCGGCCUCGAGGUUGUCCUGCUGUGCUCCGCAGUGCUCCAACGCCGCGGGGCGGCUCCGGGCGCCGCCUCAGCUUCUACAGGAGAGACGUUGUGGGUGAGACAGAGGGAACAUCAAAUGAGAAACUGGGAAGAGAUAUGAAGUAGCGGGACCAGUUUUUCUAAAAGGAGCACUGAUGGCCAUCGGUUGCUGUGUUAUCCUGUGUGUGAAGGGGCUGGUUCAACAACUGAUCGAGACAGCACUACUGAAGCAAACAGCAAGGGAGCCACCACCACAUUUGGAUAAAAUGAUGGUGUGAGAGGAGAUGGGGAAUUGUGGAGAGCCUGUACACAGAGUGGCUACGUGACAAGGGCCACGAUGGAAUGCCACUCGUGAAACAAUAAAAGAAAGUAUGUAACUAGAGGCAAGGACGGCUACUCGGGUAGAUGGAAAACAGGAUGCAUAUCUACAGCAAUGAAGAAACAGUAACCGCAAGGCUAACCACAAAGGUCAAGAUGAAGUAAUGCAUAAUCCGCCAAUCCUGAGCUAUGCUUUUGCAAUAUGUAUAAGCUCAUUACCUACUGUAUAAAUACAAUACCAAUGUGCCUAAUAAAUGAGACCUGUUGAUCAUGACAGCUUGAGACUCGUCUCCCGCGGUUAUUUUCCGACAAAUGGUGACCCCGACGUGAUACAGACCGGGGAACUUUGGCUGCCACGAACGGAGACUGCGUUGGGUUCGGGUCCCGCAGCUAGACGGACGGCGAAAGAGUGAAAUAUUGGACUCCGUGCCUUGGGCGACCACAGCGGUGGGCUCGACCGAUACGUGCUGCCGAAGCUUGGGGGGCUGCAACAGCGCUGACGUAGGUAAGGAUGGACAGGCAAGCAGCAUAUGAUUUAUUCACUGCCUUUCUGAGAAAGAGGCAAUUCCGGGGGGUAGACUUAGAGAAGGAGCUUCCUGCCCUGCUGAGUCAUGCAGUAUCACACGGGUUUUUCGCUGACCCUCACUCGGUACACACGCUAGAUGAGUGGCGACGGUAUGGGGAUAAGCUUUGGGAGUUGGUGUUGGAAGAUGACAAGGUAGCAAAAAGGAUGAGUAAGUUGUGGAAGGCAGUGCAUAACGAGUUGUUGAUGGGUCAGGCGGAGAAGAGGGCUGCGCAGGGAGCGCAGGCAGCUCAAGAAAAGAACAAAGAUUAUGGGUUGAUCUGGGAUAACACUCCAAACCCCCCCUCCUUUCGCAUGGUUAUGCUACCCGCUGCUCCCCCCGCAUCCGCAAAUGGAGUGCAGGCUCAGUCAACCGCAGAGCCUGUGGAGGCACCCCCGCGUCGGGUUUUAGGGCCAUCAGCAUUAGAUGGUUCCGGGUCGGUUCCCGGUGCCGAGUCUGACCUUGCGGAGGCUAUAGCCAGGGAGAGACGGGAGUUGUGGACCACGUCAGCAAAACAUGGGAUGGAGGACGGAGAUAAUGAGCUUGUGCAGGCAGUGACUGAAAAUCUUGUGUUCCCAGUUGUCUAUACUCCCACGCAGCAGGGCGGGUUACAAGCAGAAAUUCGAACUUUAGAUUGGAAAAUGCUGUCCCAACUACGGGCUACAGUGGGGACAUAUGGGGUAACCAGUGAGCCGGCUAGACAGAUGAUGGAAUAUUUAUUCAGUGCGCAUAUACUACUCCCGGCCGAUAUUAGAGGCAUAGCUAGAUUAAUUUACACCCCCCAUCAACUAAUAUUGUUUAACGCACACUGGCAGCAGGAAGCUGCAAUAUCGGCAGCAGUGCAGAGGGGUCCGGGAGACCCUCUGGCAGGCAUAACAAUAGAACAGUUGAUGGGUCUCGGGGCAUGGACUCGGAUAGAGGCACAGGCAAUUUCGGGACCUGAUGUUUCCCGAGAAAUAAUGGCUGUAGCCAGACGGGCUAUGGACAAGAUAAAGGCUCCUGGAGGUACACCUAUUUACAUGGGGAUACGACAGGGGCGGGAAGAGCCGUUGGGUGAUUUUGUGGAUAAGGUUAUGGAUGCGAUUAAAAAGGCUAGCGUACCAGAGUACAUGCAGGGGGCAUUGCUUAAGCAGUGUGUGCUUCAGAAUGGGAACUCGAAUACUCGGUCCCUUGUCAAUACCCUGCCUGGGGAUUGGUCGAUCCCGGAGCUACUGGAAAAGGCCGCUACGGUCCCCUCGGGGACCCAGGCUUUCCUAGUGAAUGCCCUGCAGAAGAUUGGGGAUGGGUUACGGGAGCAGGCCAGAGCAUUGCAGGAACAAUCAAGGUCAGCUCAGACCCAGGUGUUAGCAGCCCUUGCGCCCCUCCAAGCUACCGUCUCCACUGGCCCCCACCCGCGCGGCAACCCCCGCAUGAAGUGCUUUCGCUGUGGGAAUGUCGGACACAUCCGUGGGUAG